UCGGCGGUGAGGAGACCACGCCGGGAAGCUCGGGGCGAGCGGCCUGGCGCAGCGGCGGCAGAUCAGGCGCCAGGAUUCCCCGGCCACCUGAGCGCCAAAGCCGGGCGGGCGGCCCCGGAGGAGUUCUUUGAAGAAAAAUGUGCUUCUUGAACCAAUUGCAGUUUGUCCUCUACAUAAAGAACUCUUAAGGCUACUAGUGGGAUAGAAGCAAAUUAAACUGAAAGCUCAUCUGCAGCUCAGAAAAACAAAGACAUGGAGUUUUGAGGAGUGAAGGUAGCAUGGUGUCGGCCAUGGGUGAUCAAGACACAGCCAGACAAUGUGGACCAAUUUCUUCAAACUACGGCUUUUCUGCUGUCUGCUUGCAGUGUUGAUGGUGGUGGUGCUGGUCAUCAAUGUUACUCAGGUAGAGUACUUGGACCAUGAGACUGUUUCAGCCAUAUUCAUCGACAGCAGUGGGCAGUUUGUUUCCUCCCAAGUGACAGGGAUUAGCCGGAAUCCCUACUGUGGCUAUGAGCACCAGACCCUGUCCAGCCAGGAGCGUUUGGAAGAGGACUCCUUGCUGGCUGCCUUGCAGUGGCAGGUUCCUGAUGUGGGCCCAGUCCCCUUUGUGAAGAGCACUGACCCUUCUUCCAGCUACUUUGUCAUCUUAAACUCUGCAGCCUUCUUCAACGUGGGAAGCCAGCUGGAGGUGCUGGUUCAUAUGCAGGACUUUGAAAGGAAGCCCAAGAAGUAUGGUGGAGACUACCUGCAGGCUAGAAUUCAUUCCCCCAAGUUGCAAGCAGGGGCUGUGGGCAGAGUGGUAGACUACCAGAAUGGGUUUUACAAGGUUUUUUUUACUUUGCUCUGGCCAGGGAAAGUUAAAGUAUCUGUAUCUCUGGUCCACCCCAGUGAAGGGAUCAGAGUUCUUCAGCACUUACAGGAAGAGAAACCAGACAGGGUCUAUUUCAAGAGUCUCUUCCGUUCAGGAAGAAUUUCUGAAACCACUGAGUGCAACGUGUGUCUUCCUGGGAGUCUGCCCUUGUGUAACUUUACAGAUCUCUACACUGGAGAGCCCUGGUUCUGCUUCAAACCAAAGAAGCUCCCUUGCAGCAGCAGAAUUAACCAUUUCAAAGGUGGAUACCUGAAGGGUCUCCUGACUGCUUCAGAGAGCGCUUUCUUCCAGAGUGGUGUCAAUAUCAAAAUGCCAAUAAACUCCAAUGGACCUGAUUGGGUAACUGUGAUUCCCAGGAGAAUAAAAGAAACUAACAACCUAGAACUAUCUCAAGGCUCAGGAACUUUUCCUUCUGGGUACUAUUAUAAAGACCAGUGGAGGCCCAGAACGUUUAAGAUGCGUCAGUUUAAUGACCCUGACAACAUUACAGAGUGCUUACAAAGAAAAGUGGUGCAUUUAUUUGGUGAUUCAACAAUUAGACAAUGGUUCGAAUACCUUACUACAUUUGUUCCAGAUUUAGUGGAGUUUAACUUGGGUAGUCCCAAGAAUGUGGGUCCCUUCCUUGCAGUGGACCAGAAGCACAACAUCCUGCUCAAAUACCGCUGCCAUGGUCCGCCCAUCCGCUUUACGACCGUCUUUAGCAGUGAGCUCCAUUAUGUGGCAAAUGAGCUGAAUGGUAUUGUGGGAGGGAAGAACACCGUGGUUGCCAUAGCUGUAUGGUCUCACUUCAGCACCUUCCCCCUGGAAGUGUACAUCCGGCGGCUCAGGAAUAUCCGUCGAGCAGUGGUCCAGCUCCUGGAUAGAAGUCCUAAGACUGUGGUGGUCAUCCGGACGGCCAAUGCCCAAGAGCUGGGGCCUGAGGUUAACAGGAAGAUCACGAGGGCCCUGGCUGAACUUUACCUUUUGGCUUUCUUGGCCUGAUGCUGAACUCCCGAGGGUGAGAUGGGCAGAUAUUUCUAACCAAGUAGGGCUGAUGUAGUCAAAAUGGGCAAUGGCAUAGUCUCUAAGAUUUUUAAGAUUCUUGUUUUUCUUAAAUUAACCAAUUUUUUUGAAGUUGCCUUAAAAUUAUUUAUAGACAUUUUGCUGUGAUUUCAUAUGAACUAAGGUUUUCUGGUGGUUUAGCAUUUUUAAACCAAUUUGUUGGCUUUCCAUUGUUUUCUAUGGGAAGAGGACAUAUGAACACAUGUAAGAGGGGAAUUCAGCUCUCUGCUACUGACAGUUUCGGGGCUAUGUAAUCUUUAACAGGCUGGAGAGUAUCAUGCCACCUCACAGUAUUGGUAAAGAGGCUCAUUAAAGCUAGCAUAUGUGGUUUAUGAUGAAAGCACUUCCUGUUCUUUUAAUCUGAGACUGACUGUAAGGUAAAACAUUUUCCUUUCAAACUCAGUGGAUGAAAAUAUUUCACUGUUCCUGGGGGAGUUAGUGGAUUGGGAAUUAACACUUAUUACACACUUGUUUUGGGAGCUGACCAGCAAGAUCUCAUUUAGCUCUCAUAAUACCAUUUGAGGUACUUGUAAUUAGCCUUAUUUUAUAGAUGAGGAAAUUAAGACUCGGAAGGAUUGAACAGUUGGCUUAAGGUCCCCCAGAUAGUAAGUGGCAGAGCUUGGACUUGAUAGCAGGUCACUGGGGAUAUUAACAGAGGUACAAUGGGAAGAGGUCAACUUCUUUCCAGGGUUCUGAUUUCCCUAAGGCCCUUCCCCUUCCCCACUCAUACUUGGCUACCCCCUACCCCCUGUUUAGACUUAACUGGUAAAGUUUUAUUGAUAACCACCAUAACCCUUCAUCUUUUAAGAAAACCACAUGACAAUGUUUUAGACCUUUCAAAGAGUGAAGCUGUAUGGUGGAAUUGAUAGGGGUGUUUAGGCUAAUAUUUGGGGGAGAGACACCCAUUUACUUAUUAAGCCAUGUUUGGACACAACAGCUGGGAUUAUAAAGAAAUGGAUAUCCUGCUACCUAUUUACCUUGCUCAUCACAGGACAUUUCCUUCCGUAUUGGAAAGCUAAAUGUUAGCAUAGCAUAAACUACCUGAAUUGACUUCUUCCAGAGGUAGUCCCAGGAUAGAAAUGUUCAUGUUUUACAUCUCUCGUGAUUUUUAAAAAAUCUUCACAUGAGGCUGGGUACAGUGGCUCACAUCUGUAAUCCCAGCACUUUGGGAGGGCAAG